GCCCCACAUAAGCAUCCUCGGCUAGACCAUCUCAUUCGCACGAGGGCAAUUUAGACAUUUCAGAGAUCCGCCGGCAAGAUCCCAAAAGGAAAGGAAAGAGAAGCGCAGUUCCUUCUCAGUGAGAGAGACGAGAGAGGAGAAGGAAAUGGCAGCAAAGCAAAUGGAAGAAAUACAGAGGAAAUUGGUAUUACUAAAUUACCCUCGAGCAAAUGCUCCCGCCCAAUCUCUACUCUUCGCUGGCAUGGAGAGAUACUCCCUUCUUGAAUGGCUCUUCUUCAGGCUUCUAGGUGAUAAAUCACCAUUUACCCAACAAAACUUGCAAGGUGAUGUGAUGGAUCGUGAUGAAGAGACAGCCCGUAUACAAUAUUUGGCAGAAAUAGCAAAGUUUUUGGGUAUUACAUCUACAAUUGACACAGAUGCCAUCCAAGGGCGAGGUAGCUAUGAAGAUCGCUGUGAAAUGCUUCAUCUUAUUGUUGAUCUUGUGGAAGCGAGCUGCUAUGCUGAUAAUCCAGAUUGGAGUGUUGAUGAGCAGGUAGCCAAGGACAUACAACUGCUAGAUUCCAUUGCUGAGAAGCAAGCUCAAAUCUUCUCUGAAGAAUGCAAGCUGUUUCCUGCAGAUGUCCAAAUUCAGUCCAUAUUUCCACUGCCAGAUGUCUCUGAACUGGAAUUGCAGCUCUCUGAACAUUCAAAGAAGCUGUUGAACUUACAACAGAUGGUUCAGGACUUGUCGUCUAAGCAUCAUUACAACCCAGAUGAGGAGUAUGCUGAGGCAGAGCAACAGCUGCGGGCACAGUUGGAAUCUUUUCUGGAAACUGCAAGGUCCUUCAAUAUGAUCUACAACAAGGAAAUUCGUCCUUGGACACAUAUGAUGGAAGUGCCUCAGUUGCAUGGAUUUGGCCCUGCUGCUAAUCGAUUGUUGGAGGCUUAUAAAAUGCUUUUAAAGUUUCUGUGGAACCUGAGGAACCUUCGAGAUUCUCAUGCAGCCGUUGCCAUUGGGUCCGAAUCUAAGGUGGAGGGACCAUCAUCUUCCGUCACAAGAAUAAUCACCGAAUGUGAGUCUGCAUUGACAUUUUUGAAUCGCGAUCUUGGGGUCCUUUCAGCUUCCGUUGCUCGAGAACGAGGUGAGAGGGCCCAUGGACAUGCUUUAGAGAAGGAUUUGUCAAAAGCCUUUAACAGUUUCUUUCUUGAAAGCAUAUUCAUGGAAAUAGCCUAGUAUGCCUGCUGAUUUUUCAGAUUAUAGGAAGGCUGGCCCUUUUUUGUGUUGUUUAUUUGGAAAUCAAUCAAAUGCUGUUUGUUUUGAGGCAGUGUGUAGAAUUUCAUUUGAACUAAUGAGCGAAUAGCAUUCAAAUUAGGAGAUGUAAUAAUGGAUUCCUGAAAUAUAAAGAACCACACCUAAUUCCUGGAAA